AUGGCAGUUACCCCUCCACCACCAGCAAACACCCAUUUGACUUCUCCGAAUUCAUCCCACUUUGCGAAGAUAGCCAAAGUCAAAUCACACAACUGGGCCAACGACAUAGUGAAGAGGAGGGAGUCAGUUGAGGAGAACACGUACUCCAUUCGCAAUCACUGGUUCAGCGUUGCUUCCGCCGGUUGUGAGCGAGUUUCAGGCAGAGCAAUGUCACAACGGAGAGAUCAAGAGGUGAUGCCUGGUAUUUUUGGGGAUUUGGCUAACCUGGAAAAUACCGCCAGGAAUGAUGGCGGGGCAGGAAAUUCAGGGAAGUCGGACGAAGAGGAUCCAUAUAGAAGACCACUUAGUGGACAGAAGGAAGGAGCAGGUGUGCCGUACAACACCUCUCCUCUUUACAACGCGGUGCCUUUUAGUCCAAACACAAAGUCAUCCCCCUCCAAUUCUUCCACUACGUCCACCAUGCCUAGAGACCAGAGUUGGCAUGAGGGCGAAAAUCUUCAAGAAUUUCGAUCUGUGCCCAUUAUUUCCAGUCCCGACAUUCCUUUGUGUCGAAUUUGCCAUGAUUCAGACUCGAGAUCUUGUGGUCAAUUAAUUGCGCCAUGUCUGUGUGACGGGAGUUUGAAGUAUGUCCACAGAAUGUGCCUUCAGCGUUGGCUUGAUAUCAGUCAAUUGAAGAAGUGUGAGCUGUGUCAUUAUGAGUUUAAGAUGAGCAAACGGGCAAUGCUCAUGCGCAAGCGAGAUCUUCGUGACAUCUCUGUUGAGGAGCUAGGCAUGGCCUUGGCUUUCGAACCCACAGUUUUACUCCUUGCAGCCUUAAGAGAUAUCAUCCUCGGCGAUUGUCAUGCCUACAAACUCGAGUUUCGUGUCCUUAAAGUCUUUAUUUCUACAGUUUCUGCACUCUCCUCACACCAAUCUCUUUACGUCGCCACCUCCACAUCACCUCACUUGGCUUUGAAAGUCUGUCCUUAA